ACUUACGCCUAAUUAUCCAACAAAAGUAUACACGCAUUUAUGCAAAUACAAUAAUACAUAUGUACAUAGUGCUCUGCACGCUGCGCGAGUACUCAACGUACGUAUGUAUUUACGUAGUUACAGUUAGUUAGUUAGUUAGUUAGUUAGUUAGUUAGUUAGCUGUCCGAUUGUCGCACACAUAUGGCACCGCGUCGCGCCGUUUAGUUGGUGGAAAUCUCAAACAAUUCGAAUUCGCCAAGUGCAAGAAGCGAUCGCUCAUCUCGCAAGACCAAAGACCAGAAAGCGGAAGACGGCAACCCCGAAAAAAUCGAAAAAGGUUUUGUAACGGUAGCUGAGAAAUGACGAUUGUAUUCGCUGUAAUUCGAGUACUGGAGACGUUCGCGGCGCCUUUCUACUACUUGAUAGCUUUUUUCUCGAACCGCAAACGAAUUCCGCCGACAGCGAACGUUAUUCUGACCACUAGCGCGACUGUUUUGGCGAGAAAAAUUCGUGCACGAGAGUUGACGUGCAAGCAAGUAGUCUCGGCGUUUGUGGAACGAUGCAAGGAGGUGAACCCGAUUGUGAACGCCAUCGUAGAAGAGCGCUACGAAGACGCGCUGGCCGAUGCCGAAAAGGCCGACAAAUUUCUCGCAACUACACGAUUGCACGUUUCGCAAUCGCAAUUACAACGUGAGAAGCCGCUGCUGGGCAUACCGAUCACCAUAAAGGAGUGUUGUUCGAUGAAAGGUAUGAUAUUUUCGACGGGUGUGAAACGGUACGAGAAGCGAAAGGCUGCGUACAACGGCGAUGCGGUACAAUCGCUAAUAAAGGCUGGCGCAAUACCGAUCGCUGUAACCAGUACUCCGGCGUACAGUUUGGGCAUAGAAACGUUCAACGACCUAAUCGGUUACACCGCUAAUCCGUACGACAGCAGAAAAUCGAGCGGAGGAUCUUCCGGCGGCGAAGCGGCGUUGAUUGCAUCUGCAGCUUCCGUGCUGGGUUUGGGUUCGGACGCUGGCGGAUCGAUUCGAAUUCCGGCCGCGUUUUGCGGAAUUUACGGCCAUAAGACAUCGAGCAACGCCAUCGUUUCGACCAACGGACACGUUACUGUUUUCUCGCAAAAACCCCUGCUGGAUAUGCUGUCUGUAGGACCGCUAUGUCGUUACGCAAUCGAUUUGCAACUGGCGAUGGACGUGCUGAGCGACAAUAAAAUACAACACUCCUCGAUGAUAGAUCUUCAGUACAUUCGUAUCUAUCAUUCUCACCAAUUCCAACGCAUCUUCUUCGCUGUAGAUCGUACAUUAAGUGACAAAAUCUCACAAGCAGCGACUCACUUCGAAACACAGCAUAAUUGUUUGGUCAAACAGAUAAACGUAGAAGAAUUUCACAAAAUUCCGGAAAUAUCAUUAACUCAUUUUCAAAAAAUGACUGUUUUAGCAACCGAGAAGGACAUAAGUACACGAGAGGCCAGAAACUGCGGCAACGGAGUCAUAAAAAAUAUAUUGAAACUCGUCGCUAACGGUUGGUUGAAAAAUAUCUGGGCAAUGAGCGACGAAUCGUACACUAAACAAAUACACAACUUGAAGACCAAACUGUCGGAAUUGCUCGGUUCAAACGGCGUGUUAUUAAUGCCAACGUGGUCCGAAUCCGCGUGCUACAGGUAUCAAUCUUUAAGUAAAACUUACAACAUUUGCUACGAUUAUUUCACGAAUGCUUUGGACUUGGCUAGCACCGCUGUACCAGUUGGAUACGAUUGCAAUGACAUGCCAUUAUCCAUACAAGUGGUGGCCGCUCGCGGUUGCGAUCAUUUAUGCUUCAAAGUAGCCCAAGAACUGGAAAAUCUUUUCGGCGGUUGGAUUCCACCAUACGAGCACGCCUAACACGCAACACGCAACACGCUCGCGCGCUUCACAAGCAGCCAACACUUUCCAAAUUGCUGACGCUAGCAAGCUGGUGCUGCAAACACACAACAAACGAGAAACGACCAACUUUUUGAAAUUUGCAACAACACACUCAUCAGCAAUCCAUUGCCAAUAGCAAGACGUACUCAUCACACCACAUAUGUAUAUUGUAUGUACUACACAAUACCUAUUUGUAGGUAAGCUAACAACACUAUGUAUUGGUGACAUCAUUAGUGUUAUUCAUCACGAAUUUCAAAUACGUAAGUUGUUUAUUAUUUAUGUAUUGCAAAAAUGUGUACAUGUUCGAAACAACGAUCGGUAUACCUAUACCUACUCCAAUUAAUUAUAGUUCACAUUUCCCAAAAAUGUGAACUGAAAAAAUGUAAUACAUUUUUACAGUUAUUACUUAUUACGUAUUAUUAUAGAUUACAAACUUUUAUAUAAUAAUGUUAUUACAGUGUUGCUGUCACGAGGAAUGCACCUUACUUGUAAUUAUUUAUUUAGGAGAAGAAAAAAAAAUGGUUAACUAUAUCCGAGGUACUUAAAAGUUAUUUCUUUCGAGAAUUGGAUUUAUAAUCCUAUACAUCGAAAUAAUCACAAUACUGAUGAAAAAAAAUUAAACGAAUAAACAACAACAAAAAAUCUAAACCAUCCGAUUAAAAUCACAGCGAUGUGUUGAAUGAUAAAUCAUCAUCUAUAGGAUAGGAAUGUUGCGAAGCAUACGUAGGUAUAGAUAUGCUCAAAUUACACAAGUACGCGUAUAAUGGUUAUGAAACCCAAUUGGGCAAUUGCUAGGUUUAUGUUGUACGUCUACGUAUGUAUUUGGGACCAAACCCACUCGCAUUCGCAAUAAUUGCAGAGCUCGUACUGA